CCGAGUGGCCACGUGACCGUCGAACAUCAAAGGCGCGCCGCUCGGUGUAACGAGGCGGACAGCAGCGAGUAUGUGGUGGGACUCCGGACAAUUCAUCUGUCCAGCUUUCCUUUUCCCCGGACACAGAUUGUGCCCAAGUAGUGUCCAGCGAUGCUGAGUGUUUCCACAAGAUGAUAGUCGGCGUGGCGGUGCUGGUGGCGGCCAUGCUACGGGCGGUGUUGGCGGCGGAGACGGCGUAUUUGGAGGUGAUCUUGUUUGAAAGCACGCCGCCACACGGGGACGGCUUCACCACUUACACUUACGACUUACAGGGCCACUUUUCAGCCGCCGGGGCCACAACCUCCGCUGAGGGAGACAUUAUCCAGCUCCACCCUCUGGGUCUGUGUAACAACAGUGAUGAUGACGACCUUUACCAGUAUGGAUGGGUGGGUGUGGUCAAGUUGGAAGACCCCUCCCUUGAACCUCAGCCGUGUCUCUCUGUCUUUGGCAAGGCAAAGAAAGCUGUUCAAAGAGGGGCCAUCGCUGUGAUUUUUGACGUGACAGAAAACCCUGGUGCAAUAGAUCAGCUGUCAUCAGGAGCAGACGAGCCGCUGAGUCAUCCUGUCGUCAUCAUCCAUAAUGAGGAGGCUCGCAAGCUGAUGAGCAUUGUGAACAGGCAGACCAUGGCACGGGCACGGAUACAGCACAGCAAGGACCCCUACCUGCCACCGCGGUCUUCCAAUGAGUACUUUGACAUGGGGAUCUUCAUGGCAUUCUUCAUCCUCAUCUCCCUGAUCUGCCUGGUGCUCCUGCUCAAGAUCAAAUGGAGACAGAGACAAAAGCAGAGCUCUUUAGAACGACAAGCAACUCUGGCCAUAUCUAAGAUGGAAACUCGGAAGUUCAAGACUUUGCCCAGAAAGGGUUCUCCUGUGCGUGACGCGGGCGGUGCGUCGUGCCGGGGGUGCCCGGCCGCGGGCGGCAGGUGUGGCUGGGAGCUGGACGGACUGAGCACCAGCUCCGGGGGCUGUCUGUGUGCCAUCUGUCUAGAAGAGUUCCAGGACGGCCAGGAAUUGAGGAUAGUGCCAUGUUUACACGAGUUCCACAAAGACUGUGUUGACCCAUGGCUGCUGUCCAACAGGACCUGUCCACUCUGCAUGUACAACAUCAUAGAUUGCCAUGUUUCAAAGACGUUUCCAGUACCAGGAUGUCUGCCUGAUCAAAGUUUCCAUGGAGACCAGAGUUCUUCAGUUGUUCCCAUGAGAUUUCCAGGGCACAGGACACAAACUGAAUCUCCCUUGCACAGAAGCAAGGGUAGUAUACACAGACACACAAGUGGGGCCACACAUGCUCCCAGUUUGUCAGGGACUAGGAACACCAGUGCUAACAUGGUGUCAGAAGCGUGGAUGGGUAGUCUGUGCCAGGACAGUUCGAUACCAUGCAGCAGUGUUCACCACCACCACCACCAUUACUACCAUCAUGGAGACUUCCAGAACUGGUCUGGUGGACAGGUGGUGGCGCCGGUCCACGUACACGCCAGUCAGAACCACACCCACGGGUCCUGGCGCCCCAACUCCGUCAGUAGUUCAGGGUACUAUGCAGAUGUGACCAGUUGUUCUUCCUCACACUCCAGUAAGUGUCGGUGUAGUAACUUCAGUAGUAGCAGCUCCGGGGACGUCACCGAUGUCAGUAAUCAGGGUAUCUACGGCAGCACCUCCACCUUCAAGAGCGAGCUAAGUUCAAGUUCCAGAGACAAUGUGUACGCUGGGAAUGUUGCAAGUACCUUUGGCAAUACAGAAGAGAUGUUAUCUCCCCACGGGGCCCACGUAGCCACAAAUGUUCUCCACUGCCAGACCAACAAGUGUAAAAACAGGACUCAAGAUAGUUGUAUGAUGAACGAAAGUUCCUCCGACUCCAGUCAGGAGUUCAGUAGAUACAGUAGUGACUUAUCCCUGGAGGAUGUGUUAGAAAAUGCCUUAAGGCUGCAGGGUAGCUAUCCUAAGGGAACAAACUUCCCCACCCAAAGUACUUUGCAAUUGGAGCCGUGCAGAUUCUGUUUGGGAAGUUGCUCAGCUAGAAGACACCUUUCCUAUGCCAGCAGAAGCAGUGCUGUAGAAAGUGUUAAGAAGAAGGCUGAUGUUGGACACUACGUAGGCACACGUGAUGUUGCAGGGCGCCAGUGCCAAGUCGCCGUGACUUCAGGACCCGGCUAUACAGCAUGCAGUUCUCCCUUCCAGACAAAAAGUGGGAGAAGUGUUGUUCCCAGACCUGUGUCAUGUCAGGAGCUGCCCACAAACAAACCUGCCAGACUGGGGCCUUGUGCACACUGCCAGAGGGAGUGCCCUCAUUCCAUAAUGGUCUACACAGGCAGGCCAGAUGCACCAUACAUGUCUAUUCCACUGCAUGAAGCAGACCAGCUGUUCCUGAGGGGUAUGGUGUGAUCUCCACAGGACAUUCUUCUACAAUGUGCAAUUUAUGAGUAGUAGUUAGAUAGAAGGACAAACGUUUUUAGUUCAUAACUUGCAUAAGUCUUUUGUUCCAUCAAAAAACUUGUUGUAUUCACCAUGAUAUUGCUGUAAUUUUUAUAAUUUUGCAUACACACAUGUAUAUUUUCAUUUCUUCCUUCAGGACAUAGAUAUUAAGCCCAGGCAAACACAUAACCAGUAUAACUCGUGUAAAAUCACAUGAAAACAACAUAGUCUAUAUACCAGAGGAAUAUGCCAUAAGAAAGCAGAUAGAAAUACUGUAUACCUGUAAAUGCAAAUAAGUUCACUGUUUUCAUAGUGACUGCUUUGCUGCAAACUCAAAACUGCCAUAAGAAUUUUUCCUUAGUUUUGCGCCCGUCUUACCUCUUGUCUAAGUGCUACCUGCAUAUAUGUACUAAACAUUGUUAUAGUGACGUGUUUGAGGCACUUUUUACUGUGACGACGCACAAAUACUAGGCACAAUUGAACAAAUAUUACACCCAGUCUAAAACAUUGACUAACAAGUUAAAGCCUUUAUUCAUUUGUACUUGAUUCAAUCUUUGCUAAGAGCUUUACGUUCAGGUACUGCUAGUAGAUCAUGUACAUGUCCACGAGAGGUGUCCUCUCUAAAGCUGACAGGUUUGACUGUCAACACUGUUGUAGGAAAAUACACCUAUCCCGAGGGUACAUACGAUUACACCAGCGACAGCCAAAUCCCACUGUCCUUUCUGUCUGUCACUAGUAGCUGAUUCCAGACUGGCUGGCCUGAAAGGCUUUUCUUUUCAGGAAAAGUUGAAGGGUAAAAACACAAAAAUUGGACUGACCCAAAUUUUUUUACUAAACAGCUCCCAUCUUUGUCAAGGAAUGAACAAUCCAUUGCAUUGUAAAUUACAGUUGAACUUUUCCAGAAUGACAGUACUAGUCUUCUACCAACACAGAUUGACUUUCAAGUUAAGGCUUUUGUUCUAUUAGUGUGGCAGUAUGUGACUGUAGCUAACUCAAAACCAUGGCAAAUACUCCUUAAUCAGUGCAAACUUAGGUGCAUUUACAGGACCUACAUCACCUGUGAAUACCAUCCUGUCUUACUAUAGAAUAAUACAGUGCACAGCUUUGUUUCAUAACAUUGAAUCUCAGUAUAGUUAUCACGACAAAACGCGCCAGUUUUUUUGUACAGCACUCUACCUCCUUCUUGUCUUGAAUCACCCCUUUGUUCACAUAAACAUACAGGUCAUGCAAUUAGUUUUUUUAAGUCAAUUAUUUAUUGAAUGUCAUAUUGCUGAGAAUACCAGCCCAAUUAAAAUAUCAUCUUUACUGUAAAUGCCAUUCAUGCCGGUAUUGCUGCAUGUUGGUCCAUCACAUGUUUCUCUGCCAUUUUUGUUGCACAAAUACUUGUCUGAGAUGUUGAUGUUUCAAUUACAAUGAGAGACGUUUUGUAACAUUGACCAAAGCUGCUCAAGUCUGGCUGAUAAAAACCAACAGUGUACCUAAUUAAUGCAGGGUCAGUCAGUUUUACCCAAACCAUGUCAUUGGUAAGAGCCAGUGAAGUCAGUUAUAAUGCUAGUGCUGAGCAGCUUUUCCCUCGGAUGGGGACUGGACUUGUAAAAAAUGUUUCAGUUUAAAAACUGAAUGUCAGGAACCAGUCACAGACAUCUUACACAUAGAUGGUGAAAUUUGCACUGGAAAAAAAGAUAAUGUUAUUACUGAGUAUUUAUUUGUGUUACUACUAGCUGUAUGUAAUCUUGCAUGUAUAUUUUUCAAAUUGCAUGUAAGAUUUUUGGCCACACAAUUUCACAUGUAGCAAGCCAAAAAUAAUAACACAUCGUCAUGGGUUCAGGUCCAUACUUAAAAGUCCCAUCUUGAAUCCAGACUUGAACCUAAGUUAGGGUAUGCAGCACUGGUAUCAUGUGGACUUUCUGAGUACUGAAAUUACUAUGUUCAGUUGGGAGGGUCCUUGUGUUGUAUUAAACUAUACUGUUUGAAAUAACAUGAAGUGAAACCAUUCAAGAACCAUGACUAAGUAACAGCCUUGUUCAUAAAGAAACUUCCCUCCUCCUUGUCUUCAAAUUCAUGUUUCCUUAUUUAUGAAGGAAGGCUGAAAUGUUGAUAUCUGUUUAGAAGUCUGAGCAGAGUGUGAGACCGUUACAUCGCUGUGCCUUCAUCAUGUACAUGUGCAACGUUACUACAUGUCUUACUGUACAGUUUAGUAUAUGUUAGAAAUAUUGACCAGGUGUCAAGUGUGCUAGCUGCACUUGUGUCAAGUGUGCUAGCUGCACUUGUGUCAAGUGUGCUAGCUGCACUUGUGUCAAGUGUGCUAGCUGCACUUGUGUCAAGUGUGCUAGCUGCACUUGUGUCAAGUGUGCUAGCUGCACUUGUGUCAAGUGUGCUAGCUGCACUUGUGUCAAGUGUGCUAGCUGCACUUGUGUCAAGUGUGCUAGCUGCACUUGUGUCAAGUGUGCUAGCUGCACUUGAAGCUUUAUACUACUUGGACAAACCUGUAAGCAUUUGUAUCUAUUUAACAUGUUAUAAUACAUUUAUAUGAUGUGUACUUAAGUUAUCAAUAAGUUUAGUUACUUUGUGUCAGGCAUUUUUGCCUUUGUCUAUGUAAGACUAGUUGUAUACUAUUAUUAGUAAUGGAAGUGCACCCAAGUUGCUAAUAGUGUCUGGAAGCUUCCACAGAAUGAUGUAUAAAAUUAAUGUAAAAUAAAGAUGUUA